AUGGCUUCGAAUCCUGAAGAUGAUGAUGAAAUCGCAAGAAUAUUGCAAACCGAGAUUGAUGGUCAUGAGGAGGACAGAUUUGAGUCACCGCAGGACACGUUGAGGCAUUUUAUAAUUUGUUGGCAGAAUGAAUUUCAAAAUCCCAGGACAGAAGCGCUCAAUAUUGUGAUUGAUCAAAUUGAGGGAAUGGAAGAAAACAUCCAAAAUGUUUCUGAUAGAAGGUCUCUUAAGGUGUCAAUGCACGAAUUAGAGGUGCAAAGAAUCAAUUUCGUAGUGAAAGAUUACGUACGAUUAAGAUUAAAAAAGAUUGAGGAGCAUACAGCCGCAUAUUUGUCCGAAGAUAGUAUGCGGAAACGAAAUAAUCGACCUCCUUUACUUAGUAAACAAGAAAGGGAUUUCGCUGAAAGAUAUGCACAGUUAUCGGCCAAGCUUAUGGCCAAUUGUGUACUCAGUCGUUUGCCUGAAAAACUUCAAACAUAUCCUGUAGCAAGAAAAGCUUGGGAAAAAGAAAGCGUAUUUGUUCAAGUUCUCAAAAACGACACAUAUAGUAUUCCCAUAACUGACCCCGCUGAUCCACUGUCGGAGAUUUUGAUCGAUCUACCUAAAGAUUCCAUUCAUCUGUUACCUUUUGUAAGUAUUGUCGAUCAAUUGGAGGAUGGUAGGGUAAUGCUAUUGUAA